CACAUAGUCCCCUACUUCCUACACAAAACCCACUGUUUAUAUACAUACUACAGUACAUACAUUACUCCAAACACAACCACCUCACACACACACUCAUAAGUCAUUACUCACAUCCUCCUCUCUCUCCUCUUUUCCAUACUAGCCUAGCCUGCAAAGACAAGCGCGUCAGAGCUGAAAACCGAUCAUCAUUCAAUUUCAAGUCGCAGAGAAAAGUGUCUUCGUUUUGCUCAGAGAGGUGCAGAAGAAACAGAGUCACAGAACAAAGAAAACAGAGACCCCACUCUACACACCACACCCUUUCUUCUCUUCCCUUUUGAGAUUUGCGCCUCAACCCAAACAUGAUGAUGAUGAUGAUCUUCACCGAAUCACCACACUCUGCUCUUAAAUAAAACCAAAGGCGGCGACCAUUUAUUUCUCUCUCUGACGCCAUUUUCAUUUUCUUAUCUAUAUCUCUCUUCGCAGCAUUGAAUUCAACCCAUUUGGUAACACGUUUUCUCAUAAGUGCUCUUUCUGAAGCUUGUUCCCUUUUCUUUGGUUUUGCAACCUCAACUUGCUUGCUUGCUUCAACUUGUUCUAUAUUUUUUUGUUUUACUCUCUCGCUCUUCAAUACUACCUUUGCUUUUUCGUCAUCAUCUUCAAUGCCCCUCGUAAUGCUUUCGAUAAAUGUUUCGUUUUUUAUGUCUAGCGUGGCGUUUUAACGGAAACAGAGCUUCUGGGUAACAGAGCUUCUUCGUGAAACUCAAGUAUCAGAAGUAGUAGCAGUGUUCUACACAUUUUUCUUUUGAUUUUGAAAGAGGGAAAGAAGAAAGAAAAAGAAGAUGAAGUUUAUGAAGUUGGGUUCGAAGCCUGAUGCUCUUCAAUCUGAUGGGAAGUUUGUCAGGUACAUAUCAUCUGAAUUGGCUACUGAUAUUAUGAUAAUUGUUGGUGAAGUUAGGUUUGAUCUUCACAAGUUCCCUCUACUGUCCAAGAGCAAUCGAUUGCAAAAGCUUGUGUCAAAGGCUAAUGAAGUGAAUUCUGAUGAAAUUUACUUGGAUGAUUUCCCUGGUGGCCCCAAGGCCUUUGAAAUAUGUGCAAAGUUCUGCUAUGGAAUGACUGUUACUCUUAAUGCUUACAAUGUUGUGGCUGCUAGAUGUGCAGCUGAGUACCUUGAAAUGACAGAGGACAUUGAUAAAGGAAACUUAAUUUUCAAAAUUGAGGUGUUUCUUACCUCGAGCAUUUUUCGUAGCUGGAAGGAUUCUAUAAUUGUUCUCCAAACUACUAAAUCUCUCUUGCCAUGGUCUGAGGACCUGAAGAUCAUUGGGAGAUGCAUAGAUUCCAUAGCUUCUAAAACUUCUGUAGACCCCGCGAACAUCACUUGGUCUUACACUUAUAACCGGAAAUUGACAGAGCUUGUUGGAAUAGUUGAGGACAAGUUGCCGCCACGAGAGAACAUUGAGCCUGUCCCAAAGGAUUGGUGGGUUGAAGAUAUAUGUGAGCUGGACAUUGAUCUUUAUAAAAGGGUAAUGAUUACUGUGAAAUCAAAGGGAAGAAUGGACGGGGUUGUGAUCGGGGAGGCAUUGAAAGUCUAUGCGGUAAGAUGGUUGCCUGAUUCUGUUGAGGCUUUGGUUUCUGAAGCCCAUGCCAGGAGGAACAAAGCUCUUGUAGAAACUAUUGUCUGUUUAUUGCCGUGUGAUAAUGGUGUCGGUUGUUCGUGUAGUUUCUUGCUGAAGCUAUUGAAAGUGGCCAUAUUAGUUGAAGCUGACGAGUCGUCAAGGGAAGAAUUGAUGAAGAGCAUUGGCCAAAAAUUGCAUCAAGCUUCAGCCAAAGAUUUGCUGUUUCCAGCAAGAUCACCCCAGAUUACGGCGUAUGAUGUUGAUUUGGUGCAAGAUCUUUUGAAUCGGUACAUGGCUAGUGAAAAGGGAAGCUAUGAUAUGGAGGCAAUAGGGAAGGGAAAUAAAGCAAAUGAUGAAUCUAUUUUAGGGCAUAGGUCUUCAUUGAAUGUUGGCAAGUUGGUGGAUGGUUAUCUUACAGAAAUUGCACAUGAUCCAAAUCUCAGCCUCUCUAGUUUUGUUGAUCUGUCACAGUCAGUUCCAGAGUUUGCUAGGCCAAAUCAUGAUGGUCUCUACAGAGCUAUUGACAUCUACUUAAAGGAGCAUCCAAGUUUGACAAAAGCUGAAAGGAAGAAGAUAUGUGGACUAAUGAAUGUCAAGAAAUUGACAGCAGAUGCAUCGAUGCACGCCGCACAGAAUGAGCGCCUUCCCCUUCGAGUUGUUGUCCAGGUUCUCUAUUUUGAGCAGGUUAGAGCUUCUGCGAAUGCCAGAGCACUUAGUAGCAGUCCCCGUGAUCCUUCAUGUUUGGCGAUGAAUGGAGAUGAGGAAUGUGGAAAACCUGUGGGAGAGAGCUGCCAGUCCCUCAACUGCAAGAUGAGUAACUUGAAGAUUAAGGAUGUAAAACUGAAUAAGAAGAGCAGCAAAAACAGCAGAAGUGGCAUUCAGUUGCUGCCAUCUAGGUCAAGGAGAAUCUUUGAUAAGUUAUGGCUUGGGGGUAACAAAGGACAAGGAGAAAAUAGGAGCCCAGAGACCUCAGGGAGUUCUAAUAGUCCUACCUCUCUGGUCCCUGGAGACACCAAAUCAUCUGGUUCAUCCUUAAGACACAGGAGGCAUUCUAUCUCCUAAAAGGGAAUUACAUGGAAUGAUUAUUUUAGCAUGAGGAGAUUCAAAUUGCUGUUAAGUGUAAAGUGGUAGGAUGUUAAUCUUGUAUUUGCAUGGCAUGCAUAGAAUUAGGAUAAAGGUCUUAGCACAUGUUUUGAAAUAUGUUUACAAUUGCUUUUGGAGGUAAAAUCAAUUCUGGUAGCUUUUGGGGGCCAAAAUCAAUUAUGAAGGAAUAGAAGCUCGUCGUGCUAUGACUAGCAUUUAAAAAAAUAUGUAAUAAUAUUUGUGUCUUAUGUAUCUAGGGGCAGUGUCAUCUUCAUUGGGAUAGGGAUCUUUAUGUUUUAUGCAGUGCUGCCCUUUGUAUAGAAUCAUGAUCUUUUAAUUGCAUGUUGUGAUUUAUGGCUU